ACAGAGUUCAGAUCUGAUCUCAAGAAUAAUUGACCACAUUCGGCGCAUUCUUCGAAAACCCCCAAUUCGAUCAUUUCGUUGCAGCUCCAGUUAGAUCCAUGUCCAAUCAACUGAGAGCUGUAACCCUAACCCAUGUCCGUUACUUCAAAGGAGAUCAAUUAGGCCAUUUCUUGGCAUGGAUUUCAUUAGUUCCAGUCUUCAUUAGCCUCGGUGGUUUCGUGUCUCACUUCCUCUUUCGUCGUGAGCUCCAGGGUAUGUUCUUCGCUCUAGGGUUAACCAUUUCCCAAUUCGUCAACGAAGUGAUCAAAACAUCCGUCCAACAAGCUCGGCCGGAAACAUGCGUCAUGCUUGAAAUGUGCGAUUCGCACGGCUGGCCUUCCAGUCAUUCGCAGUAUAUGUUCUUUUUUGCAACCUAUUUUACUCUGUUGACUCACAAGAAAUAUGGACUUUUGUUUAGAAAGCAAAUGUUGCUUGUGGGUCUUGUUGUUUGGCCAUUGGCUUUGCUUACAAUGUAUUCUAGGGUUUAUUUGGGGUACCAUACGGUUGCCCAGGUGUUUGCCGGUGCUGGACUUGGGAUAUUUCUUGGUGGGUUGUGGUUUUGGGUGGUUAAUUCAUUGCUCAGAGGGGUUUUUCCGGUGAUCGAAGAGAGUUUCUUUGGUAGGUGGUUCUAUGUUAAGGACACUUCACAUAUACCAAAUGUGUUGAAAUUUGAAUACGAGAAUGCCAGAGCUGCACGAAGGCAUUCGUCUUAUAAGCGCUCAGAAUGAUGGAAGAAUAGAAUUGGGUGAAAUUGCUUGUAGAAUGAGACUGCACCUGUGAUCUGCAAAGCAAGGUGGUGAUUCCUGCAGUUUGCUGUUUGCAGAAUGAAAAGCGCAUAUGUUCCAUCUUUACUAUUACUCAUAAAAACUUAUGUGGUAUAGUUGCCACUAAUCACUUGCUGAUGUUAUGGUUUAGUAGGAACUUAUAUUUUCUUCUACAUAGGUAAGUGCAUACUGCAUAGUAUAAAAUGACAAUUAUAUCCCAUGUAUUUUGCUACAGUUUUGUGUGUUUCUUGGCAUCCCAUUGGAGAUGCCUUUUGAAUUGUAUGGUCAAAUGAACUA